CAAGUUGUCGCGCCGUCGAGUCAAUUCGGUUCCGGAGCGAUAGACACUUUAACGUUGAGUACGAGCAGGCGAUUGGAUAUGGAAUCCCUGUUAGAACUACCUAACGAUCUUCUUAUCCUUAUCCUCUGCGACCUCGGAUACUGGGAACUUGAUUCCAUAGCCCGGACUUGCAAAUUGCUACACUCGCUGGUUUAUGAAUUUGGAUGGGCCGCCUACCUACGCAACAACCCAAGACCGUCUCUCAGCCUCAGCAGGUCGCGUGACCUGUGGCAGCCUUCAGUCCGAGUGCGAUAUGACGUUCUGACAGACCGAAGAUGGGACCAGCGGAAAUUUGUCGCCCGACCGCUAUCGGAUCCAUGGUUAGGGAGAAAACGGCCGCGACUGGCCCUGAGCUCGUCGCGUCUCGUCAUUGCGGCUGGACACACCCUCCAUUCCUUCGGUUUCUCAGCGAACAAGAACCCGAGGGUAGAGUCCGAGACCCAUCUCAAAUUGAAGGACGAUCCCGGGCAGUAUGUUACAGCUAUGGCGUGUGUUCCAGACGAUGGAAUCUGCAUAGGAUUGCAGAACGGCUCCCUUGAAUUUCUCGACGUCUCCGACCAGAGAACGCGUCACGACAUCGAUUUGCCACCCAAAGACUUUGUAGAAAGCUUAUCGGCCAGCGACGAUCUCUUGUUGGCUCUUUCGGCCAACGGAUCCGCGCGUCUCAUCGAUACUUCUCUGUGCCAGACAGUUUCCUCGUUCGAAAUUUCGUCACAACCACGAAGCUGGAAGUGUCACCUCAACUCGCGCGCAUCGAGUCCCUAUGCAGCUUUCGGGACCAGCACCGACGCUAAGCCACUGAGCAUCUACUCGCUCUCGCCUUCAGGUUUCACACCCAGUCUGGUCCUCGCACAACAGGACUCGAUCGCCAGACGAGGAUUGGCUGUCUUCGAUAUAUGCCAGGGACCACCCUGUUCCGUCUGGGGCACAUCUUCCAUCGUCUCCGGGUGGUAUGACGGGACCCUCUCAGUGCACGAUCUCCGGUCUUCCGACCGCGAUCGGGACGGCCGACUGCGGCCUGUGAUGACGCUGUCCAAUUCUUUCUCCGACGAGCCCAUCUACUCCGUGGGCUGUGGCGGUGGGUCGGGCUGUUACGUAGCGGCUGGCUCCGCCCGACACAGCCUGGUCUCUUUCUGGGAUGUGCGCUCUGCAAACAAAGGUUUCAGUUUCCACGCGCCAUUCAACGACGCGUCUCCCGUCUACGCAUUGGCACUAGAAAGUUCUCGCUUGUUUGCAGUCACGCAGAGCCGUCCAUUCGUGGUGGACUUCGGCCCUGAUGUGGGUUCAACCACAUAUCCCAGUCCGUCGUCACAAUCGGGGACGUCCGGGCUAGGGUACUAUGUGACACAGUAUCAACACGCGCGCCAUUGA